AUGAACUUGCCUUACGAGCGUGGCCCAGAGGCAAGAUAUGACGUCGAAAGUUUACUUCAGACAACUGGGACGGGUUUCUCAAAAUUCAAUCCACUGGCCUUUCCACCUGCUAGUCACGCACCACUUGCACCAUUGCGAGACGAAGUCGUGUUAAUAGAUCCGUGCUCUGGUCAUCUAAGUGCUGGUGCAGAAGUAGACUUGGCAACCAAAGGUAGACAAAGAUUCAUAGACUUCUAUCAUGUGCCGUCUGGUUUACGGGUCCCUCCAGGUUACAGAGAUAUACCACAUACGCCACCCGCGAGGCCAUCAGCUGUUCCUUGUGACCUGUCGGGAGAUAAGGCAUGGAAUUCAAGGAAAAAAAUUGAUUCUGCCCUGAGAGCAGACCUUGGAGGAUGGACUAGCCACGCAAAAGUGAGGCCAGCGCCACACAAAGUUCCAUGUCCUCUGAAGUUCUUCAGUUUUUCCCCUGGACCAGAGACUACAUCGGAUGUCAGUUCGUCAGGUCCGACUCAGUGGAUCGACAAGGCAGCUCUCCGCUUCAUUUACACCUCUUCAGCCCAGAGAAGUUUUGAAGAUGUUCGUUGGGACAUCAAGUUACCUCAACGUCUGAAGCCCCCAGCUACCACACUUGAGAAAAUGGCAGAUCCUGUGAAUCAACAUUUCACUCUUAAACGUUACAACAGCAAACCAGAACUUUGGCAGAGUGUUGAAGCCCAAUGGAAGAGACACCAGCUUCGAGUUAAAAAUGAAGUCAGGAAGCCCAUAUCGUUCACCAGUCCAUGUCCAAAAUCUGGCCAAAUUCCACUAUACAGUGGUGUUGUCGCCUUUAAGAACAUUGAUGAUAUAGACAACGUGGACCAAGAUUGUUAUCCCCUGACUAUGCAGAGGACCACCUUACCUCCCUACACCCCAACCACACAUCGUCCUACUAUCCCUGGUUACACUGGCAAGGCAAACUACGACGUUACUCUAAACUCUGGCUUUAGUCUCCCAGUUCUACCCAGCUCUGCACACAACUCCUGGGCCACUCGGGAUCCAUGGGUUCCUGCUUAUGGUCGAACUGCACCUCUUUCCAAAAUGGUAACCACUGUCCACCCUCAUAACCCAUUCCGGCAGCCGAAGCGACCAGUGUUUCUCAUUUAAUGGCACUUGGAGAAUGCAUGAAGAAAUAUUAAACACAGCAUAUGAGAAAGUUUUGAAGGUGCCAGCUACCCUUCUAUGCCAUUCAAUCUGUAUUUAUGAAUAGAUCUAUAAUGAUGUGAUGUCAGUGACGGAUUCUGGGUGAGUUUGCGAAUAAUGAGAUGCUCUAUUAGCAUAAUUUCCCUGAUUUAGAUGAGUGGUUUUGUGACUUUGGGCUUGUGAGCUCUUAGAUCUUGCAGUCAUUGUCUUGGUAAAUACUGUGUGUGUAUGCAUAUACAAUACAUUGUGUGUGUGUGUUUGGCAGU